GGAAUGUACCAAGUGGAGGUUGCUGUGCUGCACCCAGAGCGGCUGUGUAUUCUGGGCCUGGGGUGGUUCAUUGCUUACCGAGAUGGCCGGGCAGGAGGAUCAGACUGUAAAGUACUACACCUUGGAAGAGAUUCAGAAGCACAAAAAUAGCAAAAGCACUUGGGUGAUCUUACACUACAAAGUGUACGAUUUGACCAGCUUUCUGGAUGAGCAUCCCGGUGGGGAAGAAGUCUUAAGAGAACAAGCUGGGGGUGAUGCUACAGAGAAUUUUGAAGAUGUCGGGCAUUCUUCUGAUGCAAGAGAACUGUCUAAAACAUUUAUCAUUGGGGAGGUCCACCCUGAUGACAGACCAAAGUUAGCCAAGCCUUCGGAUAGUCUUAUUACUACUACUGAGUCUAAUUCCAGUUAUUGGACCAACUGGGUAAUCCCAGCCAUCUCGGCUUUGGCUGUUGCCAUGAUGUAUCGCUUCUACGUAGCAGAAGAUUGAAGACCUCAGAAGACAAGGAAAGCAAAGACUGCCUUGGAAGAGGGAGAGUAGAA